UGAAGAGAAAUGAAGGUGCUAGGCAUUGUGGUUGGUGGUGGUGGUGCUGCUCCUGUGGUAUGCAGUUCGAGUGUUCGGAACCAUCGUUUUCGCGUUUCGUUCUCUUCUCCUUUGUCACCGGGAUCCAAAACGGUCGAACAAGUGGGAAUUGCAGCUGCGAAACCUGAAUACAAGCCAGGUGUGUUUGAUGAUUUGUUUCUCAAUUUGUUCCGCAGCAAAUUGGUACAGGAGGUGGGGUGGGACUCAAAGAAACCUGGGUAUGAUGGACUAAUUGAAGUUGCGAAUCUUCUAAUGAAGAAGGGCACUACCAACUCUGAUACCGUAGAAACAACGGUACGAAUAUUGAGGUCUCUGUUCCCUCCAUAUCUUUUGGAGCUCUAUAAAAUGCUCAUUGCUCCUAUAGGAGGAGGCAAAAUUGCCGCUAUGAUGGUUGGUGUAGGGUUACGGUCUUCUCGUUCUUAUCCAGGUGGUCUGAUGAGAGGGGGGGUGUGCCUGCAAAGACACUCCAACGCUCAAGUAAGUGCUCGGCGUAAUAAAUGCGGUAGUUGAAAAGUUAAUUACAUA